AUCCCAGAGAUUGAACCAAAUUAUUUGUCAAACAAGUAGUCGACCACUUCUUUCAAAAUUUCUUUCUCAACGUUUCGCCAGAGCUUCGCCUCGACUACUAAUUUCCUUAAGAGACGAUUCUCUUCUGGAGACCUCUCGGGCGAAGGUUUUGAAGAUGAAUUGGAAAAUGAAAACCAAAUGUCUGGAUCACAGUCCAGAACUGAUGCAAACCAAGUUCCGCCUAAUUCAGUGUCACAGUCAUCUGAUUUGUCACUUAAUUUUCGGGGCAGUAAUACAACCAGUGCUCCGACAUCACCACAUCAUUCAGGUGUCUCGUCAUUUCUUUCAAGAGCGACAUCAUUGACAGGUAGUGUAACCUCAACUGUCCAACAAAUUGCUAGGACUGCCACCAAUAAAGAUAGACAAAAAAUUUUACUGGUAAUUGAUGACAACCAAACUGAUUGGUCAAAAUAUUUUAGAGGAAAACGAUUACAAGGAGAGUGGGAUAUAAAAGUUGAACAGUCAGAAUUUCGUGACCUAACAUUAGCUGCAAAUUCAUUAUCGGGAACUGUUGUUAGUAUAAUUGGUUUCGAUAGAAGUGGUUCUAAAGUGGCCCGCUCAUUCCGACCAGACUUUGUGCUAAUUCGUCAACACAUUCGUGAUGUUCGUGAAGAUUAUAGGGAUAUCUUAUUGGGACUCGCGGUUGGAAAUGUCAAAACAUUGCCAAACCCUAAUCAAGCAUAUAAUUUUCAAGACAGGCCAUGGGUUUUUUCUCGUCUAAUUGAAAUUCAACGGAAUUUAGGAAAAGAAAACUUUCCAUUAAUUGAACAAACAUUUUAUCCAAAUCAUCGAGAAAUGUCGUCAACGACUCGUUUUCCAUGUGUUGUGAAGAUAGGUCCGUCUCAUUCAGGUCAGGGAAAGAUGAAAGUGGAAAAUAUGCAGGAGUUUAACGACUUGGCCAGUAUUGUGGCCAUCACUACCAACUACUGCACCGUUGAACCAUUCAUUGACGCCAAAUGUGAUAUUCACAUACAAAAAAUUGGCACCAAUUUUAAAGCUUUUGCACGUAAAUCAAUCUCUGGUAACUGGAAAGCAAAUGUUGGAUCCGCUGUUUUAGAGCAAAUUAAUGUUAAUGAAAGAUACAAGAAAUGGAUGGAUGAAGUCUCAGAUGCUUUUGGAGGACUUGACAUCUUUGCAAUUGAAUUGAUUGUUGGCAAAGAUGGAAAGGAACAUAUCAUUGAGGUGACGGGAUCUGCAAUGACACUUCUGGGCGAAUCUCAAGAAGAUGACAGACGAGCCAUCGCUGAUUUGGUUGUGCAGAGAAUGCAAUACUUUUGUAGACCAGCUAUUGGUAAACGUGCGAGUAUUACAAGUGAUGAACAAUCAACUGAAUUACCACAAACUCAAUCAACACAACAGUUACCAACAAAUGUGUCAAAUGUUAAUAAGAUGGUCGCACAAAAUCAGCCGGCAAUGAAUGCGCCUCCAAUGAGGACACAGCCAUUACCACAACGACAACCAUCACAACCAUCACAGCCAUUACCUCCACAAACAACAUCACAAACACAACGAACUGAUUCUAAAGAAAAGAAUGACAUGAAUAUGACUUCUGGAGUUAGUUUGAGUAAUCCAUUUGCCGGUCAGUCUACAGGAAAUGCCACUUCCAAUGCAAUAUCGGGUUCAGAUAAUCAACAAAAUGUAUCACAAAACCAAAACAGACCAACACUUUUCAGAAGAAGUUCGCAAACCAAAGAUGAAGAGACUAAAGGAGAUGAAGGCGAGGACACUAUGAAAAAUCUAAGGAAGACUUUUGCAGGUAUUUUCGGUGAUAUGUGA